AUGGCUGAUCUAGGAGCUACUGGAGUGUGGGCGAGAGAUGCCGCCUCGUGGGCUUCAAUACCUACCGAACUUUUACUCGCAGAGCUCUCUAAACGACACGGUGGUAGCGAAAAGGCCAGCGCGGGCGCGGGCGCGGCCAAGCCGGAAUGUGGUUCCUCGCGAAGGGAUUCCUACGACACGCCGUUGCAUGUCGGUGCCCUGAUAUUGAUACUGGCAUUGAGCACGAUAUCAUGUGGCAUCCCUCUCCUCCCCCGAAGAUCGUCGAAAGGCCGGUCACAAAGCAAGAUCAUCUUCUACUGCCAACACUUUGGCACCGGCGUCCUUCUCGCGACAUCUUUUGUACAUCUACUGCCGACGGCAUUCACUUCGCUCACCGAUCCAUGCCUCCCCUCUGUCUUCAACAAAGGCUAUCCUCAGAUGGCCGGCCUGGUUGCUAUGACUGCGGCCUUGUCUGUCGUUGCCCUGGAAUCAUACUUGGCCACUCGCGGUGCCGGCCACUCCCACUCCCAUUCUCACGAGUACGAGUACUGGGAUGAAGAACAAAACGAUUUAUCAGGAGAGAGUAGGCAGGGAUCAGGCAGUCUUGCGUCGCGCAGACUUGGUGUCCAUCGACCGACCGACAUAAAUCUGGAUAACAUAGAGUCGACUCAGGGACUGAUGGCAGGCGCUUCUCCCUUGCCAAGCUCAACGCCAACGAAUGCGAAACCAAGCACCAGGCUCGCAAACGGGCGCGACAGCUUGGACGACGAUGAAUCCGAUAUUGAUCUCGACGUCGACGAGCUAGACCCCGUGUCCGAAGAGGGACCAAGACGCCGGAGCUCCUCGGACGGCCGCCCCAAGAUCACUGUCACGCCGGGUGCACCGCAAAUCGUCACAGAGGAGGAGCAAAGCCGACUGCUGCGCCAGUGUCUUCUGCUAGAGGGAGGCAUUCUGUUCCACAGCAUAUUCAUCGGCAUGGCCAUCUCCGUCGCCACGGGCCCGACCUUUAUUGUCUUCCUUAUCGCCAUCAGCUUCCACCAAACCUUUGAGGGGCUCGCCCUCGGCAGCCGUAUUGCUGCCAUCCAGAUGCCCAGAUCGUCCAUGCGCCCAUGGCUCAUGGUCCUUGCUUUCGGUUGUACCACGCCUCUCGGUCAGCUAAUUGGCUUAAUUGUGCAUAACCUGUAUGAUCCGAUGAGCCAAACUGGACUGCUCAUGGUAGGCUUUAUGAACGCUAUUUCUGCAGGGCUGCUUCUCUUCGCGGGGCUUGUGCAACUAUUGGCGGAGGAUUUCCUUUCAGAAAAGAGCUACAAGACGCUUUUCGGGAGAAAGCGGCUCAAUGCCUAUCUGGCUGUCAUUGGCGGUGCUUCACUCAUGGCCACAGUUGGCGCUUUUGCAUAG